AUGUACGGGUGCAAACCUGUAAGCACACCACUAAUGAUGAAUGAGAAACUAAAAAAGGUGGAUGGAGCACCAGAAGCCGAUGCAUCUCGAUACAGGAGUCUAGUUGGAAGUCUACUUUAUCUGACGGCUACACGACCAAAUAUCAUGUUCGCUACAAGCAAUCCAACAUUGCUUGGUUAUACUGAUAGUGAUUGGGCAGGGUUAGUGGACGACAUGAAGAGCACCUCAGGCUAUGCCUUCUCACUUGGAUCAGGAAUAUUCUCUUGGGCGUCAAAGAAGCAAGCCACAGUUGCACAAUCAACCGCUGAAGCAGAAUAUGUGGCAGCCGCUGAAGCAACAAGUCGGGCUAUAUGGCUCCGAAGAAUACUCAAAGAUAUGGGAGAAAAAUAA